AUGGCUUCCCGCGAGGCCAUCGGAGUUCCCCGAACGCCAGACGCAAGACGCCAAUCGGUUAGGACCCAGCCAGGACCCAAACCCGGAGUACUCGCCGAUUCCGACACCCUCACAAAGACUACAGACAUGCAGUGCUACCACUGUGAAGAGACCCUUCUGGAAAACGACUGUUCUGCCCCCCAGUUCAUCGUGAACUGCACAGCCAACAUCCAGAAUGCCUGUCAGAAGGAGGUCAUGGUGGGGGUGAAUGGUGUGUCCUACCGCAAGGCCUGUGCCUCAUUCACCACCUGCCUGAUCGUGUCAGCCGGCUACCAGUCCUUUUGUUCGCCUGGCCAUGUGGGCUCUGUGUGCAUCAGCUGCUGCAACACGCCACUCUGCAACGGGCCCCGUCCACCCCGCACCUCCCUCGCUCCUACCCACCGGCCCCACUUCUCCCUGCUGCUCGCCACAGGUGCCCUGGCCACCCUGCUGUGAUGGCGGCCCCCCUUCUCCCCUGCACCCCCUGCUCAGGGUGGAAAAUGCAGGUGGGGGGCUGCCCUGACGGGGUGCAUGACCACACCUGAAGAUGCACCUGAAGAACGACCUCUAGCUAAGCCACAAAAAAAUAAUAAUAGCUGUGGGAUGUCUCCACCAACUUAGGGGUCUGAAACAAACAGCUACAAAAUCCCCUAAUGGACAGAAAGGUCUCUAAUACUUUUUCUAGCAACUGAAGCUGAAGGCUCUGUCCUGCAACACCGUAAUAGACAGAGAGCUUGUGGUGAUCUAGCAGGGCUGGUCUGGCUGGGCCUCCUGUCAAAUGACUCAUUUGAAUCCUGCUCAAAGUGAAUAAUUUGGACACACUGACCAAGUUCUCACUGCUAUGCUAGAGAUUCACCAGGCCUCAGAUCCCUGGCCACUGAACUAUGUGAAGAGGACCUCUGCCCCCAGAAUGUGGCAGGCAGUAGUGGUGUCAAUGAGUUUGCCCCCAGAAUGCCAACAUGUCAUGCAGCAUCUUGUCACAGAUAAUGCAGGGCAAAUGGACAGUACCAGGAGCUGGGGAAACAGCUGAGUUGAAUGAGGAGAAACAAUAAAAUUCCAGCAGGCUAUGUUAUUUUAGUUAAUAUUACCCCCUCAAUCAUUCACUGAAAUGUCAAGACCACUUGUAAAUGUACUCCCACAACAUUCAAGAUACUAUCCAAGUAAACCCCUGUGGCAGUCAGUCAGUCAGUCAUGUAGAUGCUGUAAUGGAAGCAUAGUUACUAAUAGGCAGGCCAGACUCUAUAAAGGUGAAUGAUGAUGGUGGAAUAUGGGAUAGCACACAGCGCAGCUGAGGUUCAGGUUGAAGGGCCAUACUGCUGUUCCCCCAUCCCUGCUAGCCUAAACAGAUCCUCUAAACUGUAUCUGCUUCCUUGUUACAACCUCUGCAUUCCUGUUCCACCCCAAUGUUUCUCACAGGCUAUCUAGAUUGGGCUGCAGAAAUCGGCUAACACCCAUUUCUCCAGACCCAUGACUGUACAUCGAACACUCCAGCCAGAAUUCUGUGGGCUCGUCAUCCAUUGGCCUCAAAACUCAGCACCCCAACACCAGAAUCUCUUUCCUCAUCCUUCCAGUGUUGUUGUGUGUCAGAUAAGCAGGCAUGUAAUAAAUGGUUUAAAGUGCAUUACUUUCAGGCUUCCUCUGUGUGUUUUUAGUUGGGGGCUGUGCCACAGGAACGUUCAGCGCUUGUAUUAAAUGCUUGCCAGCGUUCAACCACUGAACACCGCUACCACUUGUGCCAGCUCCGGUGUGACUGGGAGCUGAAGAGAAACACGCUGACUCGGUCACAUAUCUCAGGAGGCUGAGACAGGUUGGGGAGGUCAUUUACAGUUCUUUGAAUGUGUUACUUGCUUUUUUCUGCUUCAUUGUGCCUGUUUAUACUCCUCAUGGUGCACACUGAAUGUUCUCAGAUUUAUAAGCUGUUGUGGAUAAGAGCAUAUGCAAAAGGAAUAAACUUUCCCAGCGUCACUUGCGGUAAAUCUUUUUCAGUUUACAAAUUGUUUCACCUGUCUUUUUAUUUUUCUCGUCAAAGAAGCAUUCCAUCUUAAAAUGAGCUAGCCAUCAAGUGCUUAAUGGCGAUCAACUAGUUUAGUCCAUGCCUGCUAUUUUUCUUUUUUAAAGCAUACUGUAGGUCUGUAGGUCAUUGCCUGACUGGCAGAAUGUGGAUAUUAUUCAUCCAUUAGUCAUAGCCAUGUGCCUGACCCUUCAGCUGACUGGGGCGGAGCUCAGAGGUCAGAGGGCAGCUGAUGGCAUGGUCACCCUCUAUGAUUUGUACAGAUGAAAGAUAUUACUAUUUGUGAAACUGUCAAAAGUGACCACGUACCUUCUACAGAGGAUGGAAGAAACAAGAUUGUGGUUUAAGGCUAGAAAAUCCAAGGUGUCUGAAUAUUCAGAUGGGUGAGGAGCUUGAAAGGUUGUAUAUUUGUGGUGAAAUUUGUAGUGGAAUGGGAGAGUUGUAAAGUGUUCAAGGCUCAAGGCGUAUCCAAGGGCUUUCCAGGAUUAUCUCUUAAUUGAGAAAUGUCCUCAGCCAAGCUCUUCAAUCAUAGAAAAAAUGCAUUCUUUGUAUUCAGUAUUUUUACAUGAUCUUUUAUCAAAUAAACUAAAAUAGCAUGACAUAUUGAUUAUUUGAAUGUGACCAUGUGAAUUGCUGCUGUUGUUCACAAAAUAAUUUUUUGAUACAUUAACUAGCUGUAAGCAUGUCCAUGAUAGUUUCUGGGGUUGGUUCCCACUCAUUUCUGUAAUGUGACAAACGUAACUUGAUGUCCGGUUUCUCAGCUGCAUAUGAUUUGUUGGUCUUGACUCAAAAAGUGCUUUUCUUUCUGAUUUCCGUUGACUGGCAUCCAGAUACUUGGCUGAACUGUGUACUUUUUUCUCAAAACAUUUUAUGGGCCAAGUGCUUAGGUAAUUAGUGGGAGAUAACAGAUACACUCUAUUCAGAUUCUAAUGGGUUUUUUUCAUUAAUGAUGCUCCACUGCACUCCACCGGGUACCGUAUUACAUGUUGUAAAGGAGCCCAACAGAUUACUGUACGGAGAUUGCCUGUUUCUUCCAAGCAGUAUCUUAAACACAGCAUUUGGAUAAUGUUGUCCCAAUGUUUUUGAUCACCAUGGCUGUGUCCCCAGAUCAUACAGUAACAUACAGCAUACUAAUAUGCUAUAUAGUUUGUAAUAUGUACCCUUUACUGAAUCUUAUAGCAAACAUCAUUAAAUAUGCAAUUACACAGUUGGCACUGAUUACUUCUUUAUCGGAAUCCUAUAUUAACUAACUUUGGCUUUAGCUGGAGUGGAGGCUAGCUAGCAACAGUAGCUAUGAUAUGUUGCUCUAAUUAUACUACAACUGGUAUGUUAACCUAAGUGACAGUAUGUUAAAUGGUCUAUGUUGGUGUAAUACCAGUUUACAACAAAUGUGAUAUUUAAUAAAUCGGUUGU